CCGCCCGCGUUCGGCGUGCGCGGCCCGCGGUCUCAGCGCGCACCCGGCCCGCACGCCAUCUUGGCGGCGCUGCGAGGAUCAGGCGGGAUCCCACUGAGUCUGCUGAGUGGGCAGUGAGAGUCACAGACAACACAGCAAGCAGGAUGGAGCACUACCGGAAAGCUGGCUCUGUAGAGCUUCCAGCACCUUCCCCAAUGCCCCAGCUACCUCCUGACACCCUGGAGAUGCGGGUCCGAGAUGGCAGCAAAAUUCGAAACCUGCUGGGACUUGCACUGGGUCGAUUGGAGGGGGGCAGUGCACGACAUGUGGUGUUCUCAGGUUCUGGCCGUGCUGCAGGGAAAGCUGUCAGCUGCGCUGAGAUUGUCAAGCGUCGAGUUCCAGGUCUGCACCAGCUCACCAAACUGCGUUUCCUGCAGACUGAAGACAGCUGGGUCCCAACUUCACCUGAUACAGGUUUAGACCCCCUCACAGUACGUCGCAAUGUGCCUGCAGUGUGGGUACUGCUCAGCCGGGACCCUCUGGACCCUAGUGAGUGUGGCUACCAGCCCCCAGGAGCACCCCCUGGCCUGGGCUCCAUUCCCAGCUCCAGUUGUGGCCCCCGACCCCGAAGAAGGCCUCGAGACAACCGGCCCUGAAGACCUGCUGAACCAGGCUGUUCUCUAGGUCUGAACAUCUGAGAUGGCUGUGCCUUUUCUGAGACCCCCUUGUGACUGCUCAACAUUCCCAACACAGCUUGGGUCCACAGAAGUCCUACUGCCCCUUCCCUCUGGCCUAUUGGAAGGGACUGCUAUGAAGAACACCAUGUAUGGGGGUCUCUGCUGAUUUCUGGAUUGUUUGAAAAGGGCUUUGCCUUCAGCCUACAGUACAUUUGACCUGCCUUCUAAUGGAGGUCUAGAGUUAGGAAAUAAAGGUUCUGCCCAUUUGUCAGAUGAACUUUGGCCUGCUGUGUGGAAGUGGGAGUAAAGGAAUAGGAGUCCCUAUCUUUUGCCCCCUGAGAGCUAAUAGGCUGGAUACAGAGAAAGAAUAGGCUCAGGAUAGUGUUGGAUCUAGUGAAUAAGAAUCUUCAAGCAGUGACCUGAAUCUGUGUAGGCCCAUAGUUGGCUGUUUGCCACUUGCUUUGGGCUCAUUCAGGAAUUCUGCAAGCUCAGAGGUUUCUCCCCUUCUGCAGCAUAUGUUACAGUGGGAUCAUGGACCCAGGCACCAGCCUGUCUGGAUUUGAAUCCUGGUUCUACCAUUUGAAAUUUACUGCCUUGUGAUCUUGGACAAGUUACUCUUCUGUGCUUUAGUGUUCUCAUCCACAAAAUGGGGAAUGAUAGUGUUUACCUCAUGGGGUUGUUUUGAGGAUUAAAUAAAGAGAUAUAAAUAUUUGAUACUUAGAUGACACUUGGGCAGCUAGUGCUAUAUAAAUGUUAACUGCUAUUAUAAUUGACUCAGUUUGUAAAUAUGUUCUUUCCUGUCUUAAAAAAAAUGCCUCAGUCCCA